AUGUUCAAGGGCAACCCUAGGGGGUCGUCCGAGGUAGUAUCUCCAGAUGGAGACGGGGACGACGACAACAUAUCUUUGACGUCUACCGUGGCAGGACACGAUCCCGACCAGGAGUUCGAAGUGGAGAAUAUCCUCGCUGAGCAAAAAAUACAGGACGGCACGACGUACUAUCUCGUAGAGUGGGCAGGCUUUCAGCUCCAUGAGAGCACGUGGGAACCCGAGUCGAAUCUCGGCGACGACCUCAAAGCAAUAUGGGAAGAGGAGAAAGCCAAGCAUGCAACCGGUGAACUUGAGCCCUUUAAUCUUCAGAAGUUCUACGACGCACAGAAGAAAGCGGCCCAGGAAAAGGCAAAUCGUCAUCGUCGCCGGAAUAUCAAGCGAAAAAGGCUGGGUUUGCCGUUGACGCCUCCCUUCCCUGAUGACGAUUCAAGCAGCGAUGAAGCCGUUGAGGAAAAUGUUGUCGAGGUUUCCGAGUCAGAGCGUGCACGUGCACAGCGGUCAGAGCCUUGUAACCAACAGCGGAUUUUCAUAGGGGUCCCAAGGUCGAAUUCCAGAGCCUCGUCUGAAUCGGGCACGGCAUUGGCCGGGAGCGAAACCAACCGGCCAACAGACACUGGGGGCCAGGAAACAGCGACAAUUGAAACCUCCUCCCCCAAGAGGAAGCAGAUAGAGCACCAGCACACUAUCGGCUACCAGGGCACAGCUAGAAGACCUAGCGACACUCAGAAGAGCGCCGUGCCGAAAUCAAAGACAAGAUUUCCAGCCCCGAUUUUAACCACAGCUCCGUCUUCAGAGCAGUUACCUCCUACCGCCCGGAAGACUCUCACUGCGAAAAGAAGCACAAAACCUCCAGCCGGGAAUAUCUUCACCAGCGGCAAAAAGCCUAAAGUGCGGCCAAAGCUCAAGGAUGUAGCGUCUGAUCCCACCAAGGGCCCAAAGCUCUUCGACAGAUUUCGCUAUCGCAGGCUGGUGGAGGUGGGGAGUCGGAACACAGAAGACAUGGCCCCUGAUAUUUCAAAGAUGCAGUUAUUCGAGAUAACUAAGGGUCCGAAUGCCGGCAGGCGAAGCUCAGGAAGUUCCCUCCAAAGUCCCACACAACUGACGCCGCAAGACGUCACUCGCACGCCCAUUGAGCCCGCGCAACCGCCCACCAUCCUCCGGCCCGGACCGGCCUCUGCAAGCCCCGACACAGCACCCCCCCAGAAGAAGCGGAAGUCAGUCCGGUUCAGCGUGGCGGAUGACGAGGCGCACCCUCCUCUUGUUCAAGAACCGAAGCAUAUGGAUGUUGACAGUUCCAUCGUGGACGUUGAAGCCCCCCAGACACUUCAAUCCCCGCCUGCAGAAACACUACCUGGCUCCGACCAGACCCGCUGGAAGCUUCCUAUCAGCGGUAACCAGAGCUCCGACAAAACGUUGAUACUCGGCCACUCCUCCGUUGAUGUGACUUUCAAAGGACUUCCUCGAGAGUCAUCGGGUCAGCAUUCAUGGCUUACGGAAUUUCUCACCACAGCGACGGUGGAAUUCCGGCAUACGUGCUUCGCAAAGGCCCUCGAUGCUCAAGCCAACGCGCUCAUCCAAGAGCCCCUGGCUACUGGAAUCAUAGAAUCCCAAAGAGACAAACCGGCCAUAGAACGAAUUGCGGAGUACUUGACAGCCAGCUUGCUAGCACUCUACAAUGGCCAAGCAUCGUACAACGUCCUGGUGUACCCAACAAAGUGCGAAGAGUGGAACUCAAUUCAAUCUAUUCCGUCGUUCCAAGAACAGGAGGCACCCCUCGCAUUCUUCAUUUUCGCUUCACCGCACGAUUAUCGAGUCUACUUGGCUCCCCCAACUCUCCUGUCUGGAUCUGAACGAGCACUUAAAGACUCGGAACCGAAGACCGACAAUGAACAUGGCGCAUCCGAAAGGGGGGAGGUGAUGAAGCGGCUGUUUGAUUUCGAUUACACCAAACUCCUCCCUGCAAGACCGAAACCUCUUCCAGUACACAAUUUUUUCCUAGCGAUACCAACCUCGAGAUUGGCGAUACUGCAGGCGCUCUACCACUGGCUCCGUGCUAGUAACCCGGGAUGCCAGAUCUUUACAAGCCAUCAGCCUGGGGGGUGGGAAGCGUUCCGAGCCCAGGUCGCGUCUAUUCCAGGAGUGGUUAUCAUACACGAGAUGCUAGCAUGGAGCCUGCGCCGAAUACCGCGCCUUUCACGGUACCUCAUCGGCAGAAACGACGAAUACUGGUGUAUUUCGGAGCCUGUUCAUGGAGUCCCCCUUUAUCCAUCGAUAUCAGUUCCCGAAUAUCCUGAGCCGCCCGGGGAAAUGCGCCUCACUCGACUCUUUCCGUACCGAACAGCCAUCUUCCUCACUCCUAGCUUUCUAGUGUCUGAACCCCGACGGAGUCUCGAGUUCUUCAACUGGUUCAUGUCGAAAUGGUCCGGGAACUUUCACUUCCGCCUCGUUACCGCACACAAUAUUCACGAGUACCUGCAGGAAUUGGCGGAUGAGAGAGACCAGGCCCGGCAAGAGUUGUGGAGUCAUCCGGGCGACGUCCAGCCCGAGAUCCAGGCAAAUAUCAGCGCUCUGAGUGUGGAGGACUGCAAUUGUCGGUACGCAGUAGCUGAGCUGGCUGACGAUAUGCACACCUCCCGGAUAGCAAAGGCCGGUGUGUACGCACAUGACGAGGACAGCAGUUCGCUCAUCUACGCGGACUCAUCGAUCGACCCGAAUGAUGAGCAGAGUCUAGUCAAUUGGUUUGGUUGGUGGACCACCUUGCACGCUGACCAGUUUCGCAAGUUCCACGUCAUUGGGUCGAACCAAGGCAUCAAGCUGUACGGAUCCAGAAGAGGCGAGCGGCGGGUUCGCAUACCAAAGUAUACCAAAGUCACGCUGAACGUCCCCGACGCAGUCUUGGAGGUCCUUCACGAAGUGGGCGACCAGUUCGAAGCGGAAACCGAAGCGAGCCUGCAGAGUGUCGAGAAUGAAGAAAAGCAGAUAGGGUUCAUUCAAGGUCCUUGGGCUUUCCGGAGCAAUCUGAUUCCAAAAGAAAUCCCCCCGGCCUUCACCGCAUAUCUCGACGACCUUUGUCGCUUGGAUGGCUUCAGGAACCAGUGGAUGCUGUACAGGUUUGCGGUCUCUUGGCUUGACUUGACGAUGGCAGACCACUUCGGGGAUAUCAAUGCAAAACGUUGGACCAGAAUCCUGGACUGGUUUAGAUUCACCUUUCCCUUCGGCACCAAAGAGUCCAUGCCCAUCAAACCUCCCUUCGGAUCCGGCCCGAUGGGACCUCCCCGGGGAUACAAUACCUAUGUUGGCUUCUUUUAUACCAUCGCAGAGGAGUGGGAUCCGGAUAACCCCCCGCAAAGAAGCAGCCCGAGAGGCACCCGUGGAUUGCGGUGUAUCGGCCAGCCAACCCUCAUAGGAGGCCCUUUACCCGGGAAGCGGGCACUGGCGGAGAAGGACCUCAUUUUCAUGCAGCGCCAGGUGAUCCAGCACGUCCGCGAAGGAACGGCCAUCAAGAAUGAGGGGACCUGGCUCGACCAGGUCUGGUUAGGCGGGUGGGACUGGCCGGCAGACUGCAACUCUCAGCACCCAAUUGACGUGACGCUGUUGUUCCUCCGGAAGAUGCUGAGUGAAAUUAAAGAUUUUCUCCCCGCACCGGAACACGUCAUGGAGUCUAAGGGAUACCGAAAGGUCACACUCGGCUCAUCUGCCUCAUUCACCAACCAGAUCAGCCGCUCCCCAGCCGCCGUAAGUGACGCUGGCUCGACCCUCUUUGUCGACCAGGAUGACACUGGGCAUGUCCCCAUGGACCUCGACGACUCCAGCCCGGCCGCCAGACCACCCACCCCGUCUUCGGUAUCCGAAGAGCCAGAAGACGAGGACACUCGCGUCAUCUUCCACCCGCCGCCCGGCAACAAAGCCAACCGCACCAGCACCGCCGCAGGAAUAUCAUAUCGAUCUAGGUGUGUGAACAGGCUGUACGAGAAAGCCCGUCUCGCGCGGGCUCGCGCCGACCCGGCCCUGCUGCCGCCCACGCACAUGACGUAUCGGUACGUGCCGACCAUGGACUGGUACAAGGAGCAGCGGGCCGAGGGGAGGGGGUAUAACCAUAUCAAUGUGGACACGUGGGAGAACGUGUUUACCGCCCUAAAGAUUGGCGAUGGUGGUGGGUCCAGUGCCAGUGAGGAGAGGCAUCGUCAUCAUCAGGCUCAUCAUCAUGGUGAGCAUGGCGGUCAUAGGGCUCCUGGUGGGAGUGGGAGUGGGAGCCAGAGUCAGAGGAGGGAGCCGAGCGGGUCUGGUUAG